CUUGAGACAGAGCAAUGGAAUCCUGGCAUGCGGUCUAGACUCACGAAAACGGCGCUGACAACUGUGGCGUGAAGUCUGACACCUUCGUUUAGCGGUCAUUUGAGGUGCUUACAUUAGAGUUGAAUGUGUAAGGUGGUCUGUCGAGUGUGUUGCUUGUUGGCAGUUCGAUUCGUCACAGUCCAGGCACUCGGUGCAGGGUGCAGGGUGCAGGGUGAGACAGCAAAAUGCCACGGUGAGACUGUCAUUUAUCUGCAUGAUUCAAAGAAGGAGCGCAGUGGAAGGCUAAAACCGUGCCAAGUUGACGGGACUCAAGUAAGCGUCAUCCACAAUCUCAAGAUUCAGCUAUUUUUGAGAAAUGUACAUGUAGGUAAUUAAGGUAGUCAAGACUAUUCACCCU